AUGAUGCGAGCAGAAUUUCAGAUUUUGGAAGAAGAAAUAGACGAGGACUAUGAACCUAGUAGAGAGGAAAUUCUUGAAUAUGCUGAAUGUUUAGGCAUGUCUCCAAGAAGUGACACCAAGUAUUUUCAUAUAGCCAGAGAAGGAUUAAAAACACCACUCCCUCCUCCUUGGAGACCCGCCUAGCUUAGAAAUGGAGACAUCGUCUAUUACAAUCCUGUUACCAAGGUUCUCCAAUAGGAACACCCUUUGGAUGAGUAUUUCAAGCGCAAAUAUAUCGAGGAGAAAAAGAAAGACGUACAAAAUAGUCAACCCUCCAAAACAUCUAAAAAAUUGAAAGGACUCUGCGAAUAGUUGAGAGAACCAACCACUCAAGAGACCACGCAGAAAACAGAGAAGAAAUUAUAGUAGGCAACGGAUAUCAGUCAGAAUAAUUUAUCUGAUGUACCCUUAUUGAAUGAGAGUGUAUAAUUACAGGAGCAAUUCGAAUUAAUCGAUAAUUAAUUUAAAUUUGAACUUACAUAAUAUGAAAAAGAACAAGAGUCCUUUGUGAUGCUAUAUAAAAUGAAUAGAGCCAAACAAUUUGAACAGGAUAAAUAAGAUAUUUCUGAUUCCUCCUUUGAAGAUUUCAAUCUAAACGUUCCAGAAAAAGCCUUGUAAAUUCGACAGAAAUUUUUAAAUUAAAAAGAGGAAUUGAAAAUCAAAAUACAAGAAGAAACCGAUUAGAAACUAAUAACUGAAUAGUCCAAAUUAACAGAAUAAUCUGCAUCUAAAUUACUUGAUUAUAAAGCAGCAAAAUCAAUUAAAAAUGAACAAAGAAUUCAACAACUACAAAGUGAAUGGGAGUCAAAAUUAUAGAGUUUGAAAUAAAAAAUUAAAUCUACCUAAAAAGAAUUAGAUGAUAAAAAAUUGUAAUAACAAUCUAUGGUGUCUUAAUAGCAAUCAAAUAUAUAGGCCAAAUGGCUCAAGAUUUAAGGUCAAUAUGAAAAGUAAAUUUAAAAGGAGUAUUAGCAAAUCCUUCUGAAUAUGGAUGAAAUUUUAAAAUAGAAAAAAAACGAUAUAGUUAUUUAACUUAAAUAAGUCAAACUCUAAAAAUCUUAGGAAUUACAUAACUUAUAUAAGGAAAAUAAUGAAUUUAAUAUAAAGAAGAGGUUGAGAGAAAUAUAUAGAGAAAAAUUAGAAUUGGCUAAAGUUUCUAAUCUUCAUGAUAUGGAAAAUGAUGUAAAAUAGGAAGAGAUUUCUUAAUUUGAAUAAAUGACAGAAAAUAUUAUCAAUUAUAAGAAUUUGUUGAGAACCAAUUUUGUUAAAUUAAAACAAUAAUAAAUUGAUAAUGAAAGAGCUUAUCUCAACAAUUAUUAUAAGGAGUAACUCUAAGUCUUUAAAGUUGAAAAUUUUAAGAGUACAGAACUUUAAAUUUAGAAAUUAGAAUUAAGUUAAAUUGUUAUGGCUAAUCAAAGCUUUUCUUAAUUGGACAAUUCUCAAUUAAAAGUUCAAAUCAACCCAGAUAAUAGGAUUUAAAAAAAAGAACUUGAACUACAGAUCUAGGAAUACAGGACGAGAAUUGAGAAUUUAAAAUCUAGACUCUCAAACAUGGAUCAAACAAAAAGAGAUGAAGAAUUUCUAAUAAAGGUCUUAAAUUAAAAUGAUAAAAUCAAUUUCCUUUAACAGUCUCUCUAAGAGUAAGAUAAUAUCUUAAAUGAGUUAACAAAACUAUAUGUGUCUUAGCCAGUAAUGACUAAUAAAGGUAGUUAGCAAACACCUAAACUCUAAGAGCAAGAUCAAUUGGUUAAUAGUGUUGAACAAGAAAUCUAGUGGUUGGUAUUAUAAAAGGAAAGGCUGAAAUAUGAUAAAAAGAAACUCUAAAAGAGUUAUGAAAAAUUGAGUUUAUUAGCAUCUACUAAUGAUUAAGUCGAAACUUAUAAUAAGUGUGUGAAUGUGGUACGAAACAAUUAGUAGAUCUUGAAAAAUUGCGAAUAUAUCAUAACAUAAAUGUAGUUUAAUUGUUAGUAAUAUAAACAAACAAAACUGAUUUAAUAUCUAAAGGAGAACGACAAGUUAUAGGAGGAGUUGUAAACAUAAAAGUCCUUAAUUGGGAGCAUUAGCCAAAUGCAAUUAGAUACUUCAUUUCCAAUAUACAAAUAAGUGAGUCAAAGUUUUCAUUAGAGUGAUAGUUUUGAUUAAAGUUAUUUGAAAUAACAAACAAACAAUCAAAAAUAAUUACUUCGUGAUAUUAAAGAUAGUCUAAACAAAUCAAUGCUUUCUAGGAUGUAUUGA